AUGGCUAGCAAGUCGCCUUUCAAGACCACCUUCGAGGCGACCGAGGUCAUCAGACCUAUCUUUACUGGAGGUGCGAUCGGCCUAGACAAUGGCGCCCGCAUCCUCGCGACUACCUUGGGCGAGGAUGUCAUCUUCACUGAUGUGAAGACCGGACAGCAUCUUGGAAAAGUCGAGGGCGAUGGCGAGCAAAUUUCAACCCUGACAAUCACCCCGUCUGGGUCACAUCUCAUUGUGUGCUCCCGCUCGCUGUCCAUGCGCAUAUACUCUCUGAAGUCCACCGACGCCACCGACGCCAUCACCCAUCAACUACUGAGGACCCUCAAGCCUCAUGCGACCCCUGUUAUGGUCCUUGCCGUGGACCGCACCGGAACCUUGGUCGCCACUGGAGGAACCGACGGCGGCAUAAAGGUCUGGGAUAUCGCUGGCGGCUACGUUACUCACACAUUCCGGGGACCGAGUGUGCUCGUGUCUGCUCUGCACUUCUUUGAAGUUGCGGCAAGCGCGAAAAAGACAUCCGAAGCCAACGGUGCGAAAGAAGACAACAAGAAGAGAAGGAAGUCGAGGACAGCGGCAGAUGAGCCCGACGAGGACCAGUCCGUGACUGCCAGAUUCCGCCUUGCUUCCGGAAGCCAGGAUGGAAAGAUUCGUGUGUGGGACUUGCAGAAGCGAAAUGUUGUGGCCAACCUGGAAUCCCACGUCUCGGAUGUCCAAGGCUUGGACUACUCGUCUGAACAAGACGUCUUGGUAUCAGCUAGUCGUGACAAGACAAUCAUCUGGUGGGAUGUGAGGUCCUGGAAAGUCCGCAAGGUUGUGCCAAGUUUCGAGCUGGUUGAAGCCGUAGGUUUCGUCGCCGGAGGGAGCAUCACAUACACCGCAGGAUCCAACGGAUGCCUUCGGUAUUGGAACACGGAAACCGGUCGAGAACUCACCAGAGAGCAAGAUGCCAAGGCCGAGCCCGAAGCAUUCGUCCGUGCCAUCUCAAGACCUGAAUUACCUUUCAUAGUUUGUGUUCAGGUUGACCACACUUUGACCAUGUAUGACAUCCCCACCAAAGAAACAGCCACACAAGCACCGGAACCCUUCAAGAGGAUAUCCGGAACGCACGAUGAAAUCAUCGACCUACGGUAUCUCCUACCUGAUUCGUCCAUGAUGGCAUUGGCCACAAACUCGGAAGAUAUACGGUUGGUUUCCGUCACGGAGCCUGGGUCUGGGGCUUUGGUUUCCUCCGAGUACUUCGGGCAAGAUAUCGCGCUUCUAAAAGGUCACGAGGAGAUUAUCAUCUCACUGGAUGUGGACUGGUCAGGACACUGGGUUGCCACAGGAGCUAAGGACAAUACUGCACGCGUGUGGCGUAUCGAUCCUGCCAACAACUCUUAUACCUGUCACGCUGUUUUCUCUGGACAUGCUGAAUCAAUUGGAGCUGUUGCACUACCUAGGACCAGGCCGCAAGAGGGAUCAAAAGCGUUUGCCGACCCUCUGAACCACCCCCCGGCCUUCCUGAUAACUGGCUCACAAGAUCAAACUAUCAAGAAAUGGGAGAUCCCUCGGGAACCGCAGGAUGCGACGAACAAGGGCUUACGAGCUGCAUACACCCGCAAGUCACACGACAAAGACAUCAAUGCUAUUGACGUGGACCCACUGUCAAAGCUGUUCGCCUCUGCCUCCCAAGACAAGACCGUGAAAAUCUGGGAUUUGCAAGAGGGCGAAGUUCAGGGCAUUCUUCGUGGCCAUCGCCGAGGCGUUUGGUCAGUCAGCUUUGCGCCUUCGAAUACUCCCAUCAUUCAAGGUGAACAAGGCCCUGUCGCCGGGAAGGGGGCGAUUGUCACUGGAAGUGGUGAUAAGACCGUCAAGCUGUGGAGUCUUAACGACUAUACAUGCCUGAGGACGUUUGAGGGUCAUACCAACAGCGUUCUCAAAGUUAUUUGGCUGAAUAUUCCGUCAAAUGAAGACCGCGGGAAGAAGCCCACUCUGUUCGCUAGCGCGGCUGGAGAUGGUCUUGUGAAGGUUUGGGAUGCCAAUAGUGGCGAGGCUGAGUGCACUCUGGACAACCACGAAGAUCGGGUUUGGGCGCUAGCAGUUCAACCACAAACCAACAUGAUCGUGUCGGGAAGCGGAGAUUCGACCGUCACGUUCUGGAAGGACACUUCCUCGGAAACGCAAGUCGCCGCGAGCCAGGAGCAAUUAAAGCUGAUCGAGCAGGAACAAGAACUCCAGAAUCACAUCCAUCAUGGUUCUUAUCGAGAAGCGAUCGUGCUAGCACUGCAGCUCAACCACCCGGGCCGCCUGCUAUCGCUUUUUACCAAUGUCAUCAACUCAAAGACACCAGAGUCAGGCAGCUUGACCGGCCUGUUGGCUGUAGACAAGGUUCUUGCUAACUUGUCAGACGAGCAGCUCUUCAUGCUACUUUUGAGGUUGCGUGACUGGAACACAAACGCGAGGACCGCGCCUAUAGCGCAGCGUAUUCUAUGGACGCUCGUGAGGAGCUAUCCCGCAUCCAAGUUCUCUAAUUUAUCCGUCAAGGGAGCACGUGGGCAAAAGAGCUUGAAGGAGGUUCUGAAUGCGCUAAAAGUAUAUACCGAGAGACACUACAAGAGGAUGGAGGAAUUGGUAGACGAAAGCUACCUGGUUGAGUAUACCCUGCAAGAGAUGGAUAGUCUUGCACCUAGCUUAGGUGGUAUGGCCAUUGCGGAUGGCGCGGAUGGCGACGUUAUUAUGGCGACAUAG